GUGAGAAGCAAGCUGCUGCGUUAUCCCUUCUGGUUCUCUUCAGCAUUUUCACCUGGUGCAGCCUCACAGCAGAGUUAGGGGGUCUAAGUUACACUUUUAUGCUUCGUGAGACCACGACUUUGCUACGGGUUCACCAGCAGCUCGGGUUCACUGGAGUUUGGAGUCUGAAGGUCGUUUCUUUGUGUUUCUUUUACCUUAGCAUGGAGUCCCUUUCCUUCCCUUUCCAAAGAGGUGAAGACAGCACUGCUUUCCACGCUGAAAGUGAUCUGGUGCGUAAAGGACCUCGUCGCAAGAGGGAAUUCAUACCCGAGGAAAAGAAGGAUGCCCUCUACUGGGAGAAGCGUCGCAAGAACAACGAGGCAGCCAAACGGUCACGGGAAAAGAGGAAGUUAAAUGACUAUGCCCUGGAGUCUCAUUUCAUGGCUCUGAAAGAAGAAAACACCAGGCUUAGUUCUGAAUUAAUGGCCAUCAAGCUACAUUUUGGCCUCGCUCAGUCCACAGCAUACACAGGUCGCCAAAGCAACCAACUGCAGCAUCAUUCCCACAGCAGCAUCCAGCACAGCACCUAUAACCAAUCCCUGCAGGGGAAUCCCUACUGGAGCACCAGAGACUCUUCCUCUGUGGCUAAUCACCAGUCUUCUUACCCAUUUUUAAUUCCUGCAUAUGCCCUACACACAAUGAGGGGCUAUUCUUAUAUAAACGGAUCUGGCACAGGUGGAUCUGGUGUCCUACCACCUCUUGUUCUUCCUCGAAAUCUGCUGCCACCCUACUCUGCUUGUCCUGGGACUCUUCUCCCGAAGCCCCAUCCCACCAGAGCCACUUCUGACAAAGAGGAGGAGCAGCAAGUACCAGGGUUUCAGUACCAACCCGUCCCACAUCACAAAACAAGGAAAGACAAAAGUUCUCCAGUAAGACAAUACAUCUCCGACUGACAAGAACC